ACAUACAGCAAAUAUGAAGAUCUCUAUCGCUUCUACUAUUCUGUCCGCCGCCCUGGCAACAGCAAGCCCUCAUUUUGGUGUGGCUUCGCUGGAUAACUGGAAGCCUGCUGGUCAUGGUGACUUCCGCGGCCCAUGCCCUAUGCUAAACACACUAUCCAAUCAUGGCUUCCUCCCACACGAUGGCCGCAACCUCACCCGUGAAGUCGUUGUCAAGGGUUUGUCCGAGGGGUUGAACUUCAACGCUACUUUGGGAAGUUUGAUGUUCGAUAUGGCGCUGGUUGCGAAUCCGGAGCCGAACGCUACUUACUUCACUCUGGACAACCUAAACCGGCACAAUGUCCUCGAGCACGACGCCAGCAUGAGCCGCGCCGACGCCUACAACGGCAACAACCACAUCUUCAACUCCACCAUCUUCGCCAAAACAAAAGCCUACUGGACGCAGCCCAUUCUCGACGCGGCGAUGCUCGCCAACGGCAAGUUAGCGCGGCAGAUUCAGUCGCGCGCGUCGAACCCAAACUACACGUUUACCUCUUCGAUGGAGGAGUUUAGUCUGGGCGAGGUUGCGGCGCCGGUUAUUGCGUUUGGGGAUAUUCAGGCUGGGAGGGUGAAUCGGUCGUUGGUGGAGUAUUUCUUUGAAAACGAACGUUUGCCCGCUGAGCUUGGCUGGUCGAGGCCUGAGAAGGUCAUCAGUCUGGCGGAAAUUUCCAGAGUGACGGCCUUGAUUCGGAACGCUACUAGCCUGAUUACGCCGACUAAGUCGGGAUCCGGUUCGGGGGCGGCGUCUAAACGAGAUUUGCAUGGGGGGUUUAGGUGAGCGUGUGUAGGGUACUAUAGGGGUUGAGUCCGUGUACGAAUAUAGCAGCAACUGUCGUUAUUAUCUUUCUCCUUCCAUACUCAUUCAUAUAUUCUAUUCAUGUGACCAUUCAUUC